AUGGCUCCGGAACCGAUUCCACGCCCCAACGGCCUCGCACCCACUCCGUUGGUAAUCACACCCUGUUCAUUUUUAGCUGUUGACGUUGCGAGACUGUGCGGAGACCAGUCGACAGGAUGGAGCGGGCUGAAGAAGCCCACCUCGCCUGCUCGCGUACGGGCGGCAGCAGACCCUCUGGGCUCCCCCGUCGUCCCUUGCGCAAGGCCAGCACAAGACAAGAUGUACAAGGUCGGCAACAUCUACUUCAUCGCGGCCACCGCCGUCAUCGGUGGUGGCCUCUUUGGUUUCGACAUCUCCUCCAUGAGUGCCAUCAUCUCGACAAAAGGAUAUCUGUGCAAGUUCAACACCCUCGGUUUCGACGAGAACAACGAAUGCCGCGGCCCGUCGUCUGACAUCCAGGGUGGCAUCACGGCCGCCAUGCCCGGCGGCUCCUGGCUGGGUGCCCUCUGCUCUGGUUUCCUCUCAGAUAUCCUCGGCCGGAAGACGUCGAUCCAAAUCGGUUGCGUUGCCUGGGUCAUCGGCUCCAUCCUCACUUGCGCCGCCGUCAACAUUCCCAUGCUGGUUGUCGGCCGUAUCGUCAACGGAUUCUGCGUCGGCAUCUGCUCCGCCCAGGUGCCCGUCUACAUCUCCGAGAUCGCCCCUCCCUCCAAGCGUGGCCGUGUCGUCUCGAUGCAGCAAUGGGCCAUCACCUGGGGCAUCCUAAUCAUGUAUUUUAUAUGCUACGGGUGCAGUUUCAUCGAUGGAGACGCUUCUUUUAGGGUUCCCUGGGGCCUGCAGAUGAUUCCCGCCGUCUUCCUGGGCCUCUCCCUGAUCUUCCUGCCCGAGUCCCCUCGGUGGUUGGCCAAGAAGGACCGCUGGGAAGAGACACACUCCGUCUUGACGCUCGUACACGGCCACGGUGACCCGAACAGCCCCUUCGUCGUCCGUGAGCUGGCCGAGAUCCGUGAGGUGGUCGAGUUCGAGCGUGCCAACAGCGAUGUCUCCUAUCUCGAGCUCUUCAAGCCCAAGAUGAUCAACAGGACCCUGAUCGGUCUCUUCAUGCAGAUCUGGUCGCAACUGACUGGAAUGAACGGUAAGCAUCACUCUUCUCCCUUUGCGGAUCCCCGUCUUUCUAUGAUGUAUUACAUUACGUACAUUUUCCAGAUGGCUGGCAUCGGUAACGGCAAUCUGGUGUCGUCGGGGAUCAACUAUGUGAUUAACGUCUGCAUGACGGUCCCGGCGCUGAUCUGGCUGGACCACUGGGGCCGACGCAAGCCCCUGCUCAUCGGCGCCUUCUUCAUGUGCCUGUGGCUGUGCGUCAACGCUGGUCUCUUUGCCGUCUACUCGCGGCCUGCGCGCCCCGGCGAGUUCCCGUCCGACGCCGAGUCGAUGGCCAUCUCGGGAGCCCCGGCCAAGGCGGUCAUUGCGAGCACCUACCUGUUUGUCGCCUCGUACGCUCCCACCUGGGGUCCCGUGUCGUGGGUGUACCCCCCGGAGCUGUUCCCUCUCCGCCUGCGUGGCAAGGCCGUGGCCCUGGCCACCAGCGGCAACUGGGCGUUCAACUUUGCGCUGGCGUACUUUGUGCCGCCCGCCUUCAAGAACAUCACCUGGAAGACAUACGUGCUGUUCGCCGUCUUCUGCUUCGCCAUGUUCUGGCACGUCUUCUUCAUGUUCCCCGAAACCGCCAACAAGGCCCUCGAGGAGGUCGACGCCAUCUUCGACGAUACCAAGCCCGGUGCGAUCCCGUACAUCGGUACGCCGGCCUGGAAGACGCACAAUGUGCGCCACGAGACCGUCCUCAAGGAGAGGAACGCGAUGGGAGAUGAGGAGAAGGUUGUGGCCAUGGCUGCCCACGAGGACGAGGCCCGGAGGGAUGUUGAGCACAAGGACUAG